AUGAGGAUCGAGCAUUGCUUCUUCUGCUCAGCUCCUUGCUACCCGGGCAAGGGUAUCACUUUCGUGCGUAACGAUGCAAAGAUCUUCAAGUUUUGCAAAUCCAAAUGUCACAAGAACUUCAAGUUGAAACGCAACCCACGAAAGGUUCGCUGGACAAAGGCCUUCCGCAAAGCCAACGGCAAAGAGAUGACUGUCGACUCAACCCUCGAAUUCGAAAAGAAGCGCAACGUACCCGUUCGCUACGACCGAGAGCUCGUCGCCACCACCCUCAACGCCAUGAAGCGCAUUCAGGAGAUCAAGACGCGCAGAGAGAUUGCCUUCUACAAAGCUCGCAUGGCAAAGGCAGGUGUCAAGGCAAAGGCCAAGGAGGCAGAUCGUCUUCUUGUCCACCGCAACGCACACCUUCGCGCUUCCAUCGAAGCUUCCCGACAAACCGCUUCUUCCUCCAAAGACAAGAUCAAGGUCAAGGCUACCUCUGCCAAGUCAAAAUCCGCUCUGGUAGGUGCCGGCGACUCUGGCAUGGCCAUGAGCAUGAACACCGACUAA